AUGGAAGCCCUCGACCGAGCACGCCGGCAGCAGCAAGAUUUGUUGGAUGACAACGACGCUCUACUGCGAGAAACAGUCUAUACGCGAUCCACACCACCACCAACGGCAGCAAUGGAAAUAAAGCCCCAUGCAUCCUGUGUCGACAGUAAGUACAACAGAGACUGGGGUGGAUGCAGGACAACUAGGUGGUUCGCAAAGCUGGAGGGAUCCAGGUAUAUGUCCACCGAGGCGAGAUGAAGAGUUUCUUUGCGGUUAUCAGGGCGGUCUACGGUUCAAAAGCCAAGGAAACUGCAACGCCGGUGAGAGAGAAUAAAGUAGCCCUCCUGAAGGGGAAGUUAGAGAUCCUCGAACGCUUUUCUAUGUGCUUUAGGGGCGUCCUUAACCACCCUUCGACAAAAUGUGAAUAGGAAUUUCACUUGACAGCAAGGAGAGGGUUAAGGACAGCCAACGCUCUAACCAUCUGAGCUACGAGGCCCGACGGGACGACGCGAGUUUAAUCACAUUUGGGUCAAGUUUACUCGCCCAGCCUACUGCAACGUCUGGAAUCCACCAGAUUGCACCACCACCGCCGCCGCCGCCGCCACCACCACCAUCACCACCAUCGCCCCGUUGCAGUAGGUUGGGCGGGUAAACUUGGCCCAAAUGUGAUUAAACUCACGUCGUCCCGUGGGGCCUCGUAGCUCAGAUGGUAAGAGCGUUUGCUGUGCUAAAGCCAUUACUUGCUGUCGUGGGUUCGUAUCCAACCGAGGCACCUAGUUUUUACAAUUAUGUCACAGUGAUUUAGGCAUUGUGCAUCCUAUCUUGCUUGGCGAUAACGUUGUCGAUUUCUUUGUGGUUGUCGUUGGGUCAGUCCAGAUGUUGACGGCGUGCGCGGCUCCCGUAAAGCGCAUGACAUUUCGCAGUUGAUGCCUUUGCGUCUCUGCGGUGGCGUUGUCCUCUGGAGCGUGCAGGUCUCUCAGGCGCACAGUCAGUCAAUUUUUGAAAUCAAAGCGAUAAGCAAACAAAUUCCACAGAAGGGUAAUUACCUUACCUGAUGCAGUCGGGUUUUAAUCAUGGGAUAUGAAGACGGCGAUCCGUUCCAUCGUCGUAGAUUGCUUUUACCGCCAGCAAUUCGUGAGCGUUCCGCCUCCCAACGAGGAAAAAGUCAGUUAUAUGCAUCCAAGUUGCCUUCUCUCCCAUCGGAAGGAGUGCCCGCUACCGGCACUAGGCGCAUGGAACGACAUGCCAUCCCUACACGAUGUAGUUCCUAAUUGAACAAACCCAUACCCCACAUGCAAAGGAGACAACGAAUAAGCCACUUGUAGCCUCCUAAGGUCAUUGAUUUUAAUUGGCAGAGAAAUGUCUUGAUGAAUUUAGGUGGGAUUUUGCAAUUGAUUGCUGAAAUCGGGUUUGCGGUCUGUAGCAAUAAUGUGAAUUGAGGCGCAAAACGGUUCGUCUGAGAGAUAUGGCAAGGAUUUACUCUUUUAAACGGUUCACCAAGAGGUCGCGAUGAGGGUAAAAGUCACAACUUCAAAGGACAUCUGCAUUUCUGAGUUAAUAUUAACGAGGCCUUAAUAAUCUAUGACCUACUGUCAUUUUUUAUCCGAGCCUGUUGAAACGCCAAUAUAUAUGCAAAGAAACCACCAACCAACAUAAUCAAGUGUACGUCAACGAGGACAUCGACUGGCCGCCUGAUAUCCUUGAGAUAAUCAGAGCUGUAUAACAGCUGUCUAGUCGAAAAGUAUAGGAAGCGCACGCGAAGCCAUUCGAGAGGACAGGACUACAAGGAUAAGUCCCUCAGAACUUCAAGGACGCAACAAAAAUUCACUUCUCCAAGGGGAAAGGUUACCAACAAAUCAGUGAUAACAAUGGAAGAAUUUUCUCCUAAACACUGCAGGAAAAUCUUUACCUGCGUUCUCCUCAACCAUCUGAACAUGUGCCUCGAGCAAGUACUUUUCUUUGAGAGCCAAUGCAGAUUCCGACAACAUGUGGAAUCUUCUGACGUGAUCUCUGCUGCCUGCCAACUGCAGGAGAAGUGUUGAGAACUGUGACCCAACCUGAACACCAUUUCUUGGACCCAGAAAAGGCCCUAGACACAAUGAAUCAUGAUGGAAUUUAGAGAAUCAGAGAGAAAUAAGGGUGUUUUGAGAGAUUCCCACCCUCAGGAUGGGAUGGACGCAUCAGCGUUAUGACAUUCAAUUCUGAACAGUGGACGAAUUCGCCUUUUUGGUCAGUGAAUUCUUCCGGAACAUCAAAUCUGACGAUGAACUUGUACACCGGAUCUCCAAUGUCAGCCAGGUAGUCGUCCGACUGCAGGCCUUUAUCUAGAACCGAUACGGCCUCUAUCCCAACGCAAAAUUUAGGAUAUACAAGGCAACGCUGUUGCACUGACCUUCCGCCUGGACUGUCUGCGAGUAACAGGCGAGGAAAUGCAAUCAUUCCCGCUUCAAGGAGCCUCCGAUGAAAACUGAAACUGGGGUGGAAAGGCGGGAUCCCUGAAACAGAUGUUCUCGAGCGGACUGGAGUCCUCAGCACUAACGCCAUGCUGAGGUAAUUUUAGUUACGCUGGAGCGAUCACCUCCCGAUGAUGGAUGACGAGUGCCACUCGGGCGACUUUUCUAUGAGAGCAUCGCUAUGGUUGCUCACCGAUAAUGAGGACAAAAACGACGCUGCAAAGACACCCUGCCGACCUCCGUCAACGAUUCGCAAAUAAAUUUAGAGAUCCGGAAAGAUCUCCUCAGGGAUGGUCCGGCCUGAAGAAGGGCAGUGAAGACUGGAGCAGCAAUUUGCAAAGCCAGUCGAAUCGUUGUUGCCAAAGUAAAAAAAAACGGUUGCCAGUCUAAAGUGCCUCCGCCUCAUAGACCAAAUGCCCAGCACUUUCCAUCAUGUGCAACUGUCAGCAGAUUGUACGUGCGGGGACCGGUCUCGUUGGGCAUCUUUUGGCCCAAUUCAGCAGCAGAGCAACAGCAGCAGCAGCAGCAGCAGCAACAACAACAACAACAACAACAACAACGACAACAAGACCACUUCACCUACUGCCUGUGAAAAUGCCUCCGCCGCCACCCCUGUAGCAACCCUCGCGGCGUCAACGACGGCGACCAUCAUCAGCACCAGUGAGUAA